CUUGGCGAAGAGAGUCUUAGAGAGCUCGUGGUGCAAGGGAGGGCCGAAGAGAGAGAGAGAGAGAGAGAGAGAGAGAGAGAGAGAGAGAGGACGUACUAGGGCGAGGGAGGCUGAUCGAAAGAGAGAACCUGGGAAGGGAGAGAGGCUCAGCAAAAUGUCGAACAGAUCUUCCUCUCAGUCGAAGUGUGUAAUGAUUGAGGACUUGCGGCCAUCGCCAGGCAAUCAUGUGACUACUGUUUUCAUCGUUCUCGAGAAGCCUGACGCUCGGAAGAUCGGCGGCGAUCAUGGCGCUGGCAGGAUCUGCACGGCUCUGGUAGCGGAUUCUACUGCGGCCGUUAAUUUGCAGUUGUGCGGCAGCGAGAUCGACGCUUUCAAGCCCGGGGAUAUCGUGCGACUAACCGAUGGGCUCUUCUCUUUCGAGAAGACGAACUUGGCCCUGCGCGCGGGCAGAAAGGGCCAUCUUGAGAAGAUCGGAGAGUUCUGCAUGGUCUUCAAAGAGCAGCCGAAUAUGAGCAGACUUCAAUGGGUACAAGAGCCUAGUUCCCGGCAGAUGAUACCGAAGAUGGCGCGCAGAGUUUGACAGGCCCUGACGUCGAUGACGAGAGACUCUCAGAGAGCGUUUUUUUUUUUUUUUUUUUUUUGUAUUUUUUAUUGCUGCACGACUUCCACGACGUGCGUUGUGAUGCGUCUGAUGAUGACCCCUCUGCUACUUUUCGUCUUUUGCGUGUAAACGCCGUGAAGAUGGUGAUCACCCUGAGGCUCUCAGCCCUCUGAGAGCCCUCUGCUACAUCGAGGGCCUCGCUGCCCUUGCCACACCACCGUGACGGCCGAAGCGAAAAAAAACGAGAUCGAAUGCAUCUGCCCCAGAUCAGUGGUAAGAUGCAUCCGUUGCUAUAAUUCAUAGCAACAGAUGCAUCUAGCCCCCUUUUACGCGGGAUGAUGCAUUUCGAAUCGUUCGUUUUUCGGUUUCGACAGUGUUGUGGUGAUGAGACCCUUCGUCCAAUCGGAUUCCUAGAUGGGUAAUCAUCGCAGACGUUGUCCAAACACCAUGAUUGUUUGCGAUGGUCCCGCUGAAAUUUGAGAUGCUCCUCUUUUCUUCUUUUUUCUUUUCUUCUUCUUCUUCUCCUUCUUCUUCUUCUUCUGCUUUUUUUUUUUUUUUUUUUUUUUUUCCAAUGCGUGCCAUCAUCGUUGUGCAGCCUGAGGGCCAUGCUACUCUUCAUUCUCUGUAUCGUUCCAAGUCUGACGGAUGUCCAGCAGGAGUCGGCAGGACGAGGAGCUAUGGACGAUAGUCCCACCAGAUUAAAUUUUGGUUGAUUUCAUGAUCUGAAGCAACUUCAAGGCGAAGUCAUUUUCGCACGACGUGGCAGCCGAAGGAGGACCGAAGGAGGAUCGUGGUGAGAUCGACGACGUGGCAGCGACAUCCAGGAGGAGGAGCAGAGUGGUGCAGGCUCAAAGAAGACAGGACAGCACAUGCAUGAUCUGAAGCAACUUCAAGCCAAAGUCCAGGGAGGACCUGUUGUUACGAGGAAGGAGGCGGAUUGCUCCUUUUCUCACGAGGAGUUAUGGCAGUUUGCAUCACCUGCUGAAUCAUAGGAGGGUGAUGGCAUUCAUUUUGUCCAUCUGUGGUGUCCGCACUGCCAGUGUGGAUUUCACAUGCAAGAAUGAACGGUGUGAGACUGGUUCGUGCGGGGAAAUGCAGAAGGAAACAACGUAGAUGAGGGGGUAGUGGUGUGUGUGUGUGUGUGUAGAGAGAGAGAGAGAGAGAGAGAGAGAGAGAGAGAGAGAGAGAGAGAGAGAGAGAGAGAGAGAGAGUUCGUCCAGGGAAAUGCAGAAGGAAACAACGCAGAUGAGGGGGGAAGUGGUGUGUGUGUGUGUGUGGAGAGAGAGAGAGGGAGAGAGUUCGUCGAGGGAAAUGCAGAAGGAAACAACGCAGAUGAGGGGGGAAGUGGGAGUGUUCGUCAAUGUGUAGGUGUGUAGAUCAGGAGGGGGAAAGAUUGGCUUACAGAUGGGAAGCCAGAAAUGCGAGGAUGGAGGUGGUAGGAGGUCAGCCCUCCUCAUGGUCGCUUUCUUUUUUUUUUUUUUUUUUUUUUUUUUUCCGCCGAUCUUCUUAAGAUCAGGGAAUAAGAGAAGAUGGGCGCUAGAAGAGUUUAGAAAUAAUCAUGGUCUGGAGACUGUGAUGAGGAUUGAGCACAGGUUGCUGAGGUGGGCGGUUGCUACUUGGGAGGCGGCCGCAGCUAGAUCAAUUUGCCGACACUAUUCCGUUUGUUGAACUUUGUUCCGUUUCGUUUUUGAGAUCGUGAGAGAGACAGAUGUAAAGCGCAAAGUUUAGGACUGAACGUUUUUUUUUAGGCACGGAGAAGGUAGUAGGUGUAGCCGGAGGAUUUGGGAGUCGGGAGGAACUCGACCUCCAUUAUCAAGCUUUCACCUUUCACCUUUCGGUGAAGUUUCUGGGUCUGACAGAUUGUCAUCCUUUUCCUUUUAGUUCAUGGAAGCUCGACUUGCGACUGAGCCCAUGCAUUGACUCAUCAAGGAGAACUGGGGGAGGAGGAGGAUAGAUAGAUAGAGAGAGAGAGAGAGAGAGAGAGAGAGAGAGAGAGAGAGAGAGAGAGAGAGAGCAUCUCUUAUAUCCACCUGUGUAGCCGGGUGUGUGUGUGUGUAAGAGAUCCACCUGUGUAGCCAGGUGUGUGUGUGUGUGUGUGUGUGUGUGUGUGUGUGAGAGAGAGAGAGAGAGAGAGAGAGAGAGAGAGAGAGAGAGAGAGAGCGGCUACGAGCAUUAGAGACACGACUUUCGCUGUUGUAACUUGCAACGCAUUAUUCCGAAUGAGCCUGUUUCGGAAGCAACUUGAAGUUGGUCAUUGCUCGACGCUCGUCACUUCUUCAUAUUGAAUUUCCGCCUGACAGUGUGUCCAGUUGUGCCAAUCUGAUAUUAGACUAAAUAUAGCGACGGAGCGGAGCUUAAGGGAAAA